UUUUCAUAUAUAUCCAUAUACUCUCCCCGUAAAAGCGCCAUGGCACAGAAGUACCCCUCUAGGGCACAUGCUCUCAAGCUGAUCCACGAGCUUGCCAAACUGAUCCCCGACCACGAACGAGGCAAGCUACAUGGGAUCUUUUUGCAGGGGUCUCCUACCCUAUUCAGAGAUGAUACCGACCAUGAACAUCCCUUUCACCAAGAAGCCAACUUCAACUAUCUCUCUGGAAUCAUUCACCCCAAUUGCUCUCUUGCCGUGUUCUUCUCCCUUCCUGCCACGCCCUCUUCCUCUUCCGUGAUCGAGCACCAUCUUUUCAUUCCGGCAGCAGACCCUGCCGAGACUAUGUGGUCGGUCGCUCCUCCAACAAUUGAAGUGGCCAAACAGGUAUAUGACAGCGAUAAUAUCACAUUUACUAGCUCUAUCCCCGGAGUGUUGGGAUCGGCUGUCAAAAGUGGCAAUGGCGAGCUGGUUCUCCAUGUACUUCCUAGGACUAUGGAAUACCCGGCUUUGCCAGAAGUGAUCGACCAAACAUCGGGCCUUCGACUCGAAUCGUCGUAUCUGUUCAAAGCGCUUCACAUUGCUCGUCUCACAAAGGACGAACAUGAGAUAGAUUUGAUUCGCCAGGCCAAUCGAAUUUCCAGUGCCGCUCACGAGGUUGUAAUGCGCGAAUUAGGAAGGUUCGCAUCAGCGAGAGAAAAGGGCGGAAGAGAUUUGAAAGAGAGGACCGGCAAGGAAGGAGUGAAGGAAUGGGAAAUUGAGAGCGAGAGGGAUGCCGAGGCUGUCUUUGUGGCCACGUGCAAACGUAUGGGGGCAACAGACCAAGCUUACUUGCCUAUCGUGGCAAGUGGCACUCGGUCCAGUACACUUCAUUAUGUCUGCAAUGACCGUCUUUUCCCAUCUAUUCCCCGUAAACGUGGAGACGUCACCUUCACCCAUGAAGUAUCUCGUGGUUGCUGUGGCGACGACCAUAAUCAACCCAUUUCUUCCGUUUUGCACAAUGAUGCUUUCCUUCCGCAAUUACUCUUGAUCGAUGCGGGAUGUGAAUGGAAGGGGUAUGCCUCCGAUAUCACGAGGACAAUGCCCAUCGGAAACGGCGGCAAAUUCACAAAGGAGGGUGGUGAGAUUUACGAAUUGGUUUUGAGGAUGCAAAAAGAAUGUGAAGAGCUGGUUAAACCAGGAGUUCACUGGGACACUAUUCACCUCCAUGCUCACAAAGUGUUAAUCGAUGGAUUGCUCUCCCUUGGCAUCCUUACCGGAUCUCCAGAAGACAUCCUUCAGAGCGGUGUCACUGCCGCCUUCUUCCCUCAUGGGCUUGGUCACUCUCUCGGCCUCGACACCCACGAUUCUCUGCAGUAUCUCCGUCUUGUUCACGAAGAUCUCCCACCAACAACAACUUCCACCCCUUCGAAGCUCUACAAAUUCCUUCGUAUCCGCUUGCCCUUGACGCUCAACAUGGUUCUCACAGUUGAACCAGGCUGUUAUUUUGCCCCUCAGCUAAUGGAAGAGCAUGGCGUCUGGACAAGCAGAUUCGUGGUCCAGGACAAACUGAAGGAAUAUGUGGGUAUUGGAGGGGUAAGGAUUGAGGAUGUCAUUGUCGUAAGGGAACGGGGAGUAGAAAACUUGACCACGGUUGGAAAAGAGAGAGACUGGGUCGAAGCGGUCUGCUCUGGAACCCUUUGAUCAGUGGUUUCAAAGGGGAUUAUUUUGUAGCAGAUAUGCAUAUACUAGGAAAGUGGAUGGUGUCGAGGAGUGUGACCAUGCAUUUAACCAUAGGACUUCAGA